GGCCAUCCUGUACCUGUCACGCAGGUGUGAUAUUCGGAUGUACCCAUCCUGUGCGGGUGUUGUUACACGUGGUCUUCCACUGCGAGGAUCAACUGUCCUUCCCGUCUCCCUGUAGCGCCGUCUUAGGCGUCUCACGGUGCGGACAUGGCGAUUUAUCGCCCUAGCCACAUCAGCGGUCCUCAUGCCUCCCUGCAGCAUGCCUAAUGCACGUUCACGCAGAUGAGCAGGGACCCUGGGCAUCUUUCUUUGGGUGUUUUUCACAGUCGGUAGACAAGUCUCUUUAGUGUCCUGCGUUUUUAGAACUGUGACCUUAAAUGCCUACUUUCUGUAAGCUGUUAAGGUUUUAACGACCAUUCCACAGGUGCAUGUUAAUUAGUUGAUUAUGGUUAAUUGAACAUGCAUGGAAAACAUUGUUUAAACCCUUUACAAUGAAGAUCUGUAAAGUUAUUUGGAUUUUUACAACAUUAUUGUUGAAAUACACAGUCCUGAAAAAAGGACGUUUUUUUGUUGCUGAGUGUAUAAAUCACACUAGAUUAGAUACAGACAGACUCCACAUGUCAUUUUCAAGAGUGCACAUUUGGUCCACAAACUCUCACACACUUUUCACCAUUCUAAGGCAUUUUUUUAGUUUCCUGUUAUGUCCAGUAAGAAAAGCUCAGCACUGAACACCCGACCCUCCCCCCCUCAUCUGUUUCUCCUUCUCCCUCCGCAAAUUGAAAACAUCUGUUUUAUAAGUUCUCGUUUAAACAAGCUACGCCGAACUGCAUUGUUUAUCAAGGUCAUUUUUUUUUAGACUGGGAAUGUUUUAAUGUGUCACACGGAACACAGAAUGGCAUUUACUUUUACAUCUGAUCACAUCAGGAUAAAGGAAAUGGUGGAGUGACUGGUAUGUCUGAUUUUUGUUUCCACAGAAGGAACACCUUGAGCAGAGAUGAUGGAUCCAGCCACCCAACACACAGGUCAGUUUGGAGCCAACUGUAUUGAUCUCCAACCGGGAAAAUCCUUCCACAAUCCGAACUAUGGAGAAGUGCCUGUCCCGCCAGGCUAUGUGCCCACGCAGGCUCCGAUGAUGAUGCCGACUCCUCAGAGACCGCCUGGGUGUCCUCCUGGGCUGGAGUACUUAACGCAGAUCGACCAGCUUCUCGUUCACCAACAAGUGGAGCUGGCUGAAGUUAUUUUAGGAUGGGAGACCAACAACAAGUACGUGGUGAAGAACACACUCGGGCAGCAGGUCUUCCACGUGGCCGAGGAGAACGACUGCUGUAACCGGAACUGCUGUGGACCGCUCCGCUCCUUCGUCCUCCACAUCCAGGACAACAUGGGCCAGGAGGUGAUCACGCUCACAAGACCUCUGCGGUGCCGCAGCUGCUGGUGCCCCUGCUGUCUGCAAGAGCUUGAGGUGCAGUCUCCACCGGGCAAUCCUAUCGGCUACGUGGUUCAGACGUGGCAUCCCUUCUUACCCAAAUACACCAUCCAAAAUGAAAACAAGCAGGACGUCCUGAAGAUCAAGGGACCUUACUGCACCUUUAAAUGUUGUUCCGAUGUGAAUUUUGAGGUUUUGUCGAUGGAUGAGACGUCGUCUGUGGGCCGCAUAAGCAAGCAGUGGUCCGGCUACAUUCAAGAGGCGUUCACUGAUGCCGACAAUUUUGGGAUUAAGUUCCCUGUGGACCUGGAUGUGAAGAUCAAGGCUGUGCUUCUCGGAGCCCUUUUUCUCAUCGACUUCAUGUUCUUUGAGAAUAAACAGAAUAGACAUUGAGCGAGUUUUCUGCCUGUUUUCUUCAUCGUGAGCUGUCCCUGGUUCGCAGGAUGUUUAUCCUAAACCCAAUAUCCUCUCUGUCUAAAUACAAUACAUAUACUCUGUCCUCCUGAUCUAUGGUCAUCGCAGGUGCUUUCAGUCACUCAUGUCCAGUAAUAAAAUUUCCAACUUAACUCAGAACAGUUUUGAACCUAGACAUGACUCAGAAAAUUUGUCCUCGAGUCCAAGAAAGAAAAAAACUGUCUCCAGUCUACUAAUGACACGGAUACACACAACUAGAACAUGACUGAACUAACCAGGCCAGGCUAAGCGGCUCUUUGAUGAGAUAAACCUUGUGAUUGACACCUCGGGUGUUGGAAAAGGAAAACUGCUGGGUUGUGGUAUAAAAAAAAUAAAUCAUGACAAAGGAGUAGUUUAAUUAAAAUAAUAUACAGAAAAUAAAAGGACUAUUUCUUUUUGUCCAUAUCGCUGCAAUUAGCAUACAAAUAUAACUAACGUUACACAAGAAUACAUGCAGUUAAAAUCAGUUAAUAUCAGUUUUUGAAUCCUCUAACAACAGCAAUCAAAGUAAAUUUUGUGCUUUUGAUAUGUUUUUGAAGGAAAAAGUUCAUACCAGCAUACUUUAGUGUCAAAGUCCAGAUCGUCCAUCUCGCGUACAGGAACUCUGGUUUCCUCCCCAGUCCAAAAACAAGCAGAUUAAUUGGAAUUCAAGGCUUAUUAAUUUAAAUUCAAGUGUAUCUGUGUGUGCUCUGUGAUAGAUUGGCACCCCGUCCAGGGUGUACCCUGUCCUCAUGCCCUAAGUAUCGUGACAAAGGCUCCAGGCCCCCAGUGACCCUGUAUACAGGAUAAAGCGGUAUAAAGCGAGGAGUGAGUGAGACCAGUGCAAAUUGUCUUUUAUACAGGAGAACUACAUGCAUACCUGAGGAUAAGUAGUGUUUGAGAGACAUGAUGGACAGCAUUUCGUUCAAGCUAGAGCCAACCACAGAUUCUGCUCUCCUAACCACAAAUAGUGAUAAGUGCAGUAAAAUGGAUGUUUUGAACAAAAGAAAAAGAUCGAUAAUGAAUCACCCUAAACAUAAAGAGAAUUUGAUAGAGUUUUAAAGUUGUGAGAGUGUAGAUGAGUAGAUGAGGGUAGUUUAAGUGUAGAAACAAAAAGAAAUCUCAUUCAGAUUGUAUAAAAGUGCAUGGAAAAGUGUUUUAUCUCCUCACUCAUUUCAGUAUUUCAGAAAUUAAGAAACGGUCAGAAAUGAUACACACAGCAGAUGUGCUUAAAUAUAUAUAGACAAGUUAUAAGGCACACAUGUAUUUAUAUUUAAUCAUUUUAUCUAAAAACAUCAUUAAAAACAUCUAAUUCAAAA